UCUCAAAAAUUUUGUCUUGCUAGCAGUCUUGUUCUGGGGGGUUGUCGAUUUCCAAAAAAGUAUUCUAAUUUUUCUUGUCAAUUUUCACUAAUUCGAAAAAAAAAGAUAAGAAAAUCUAUUCUCAACAAUGGUUCUACAAGUUUUGAAGAGCUCAUGGACAUUACGUUCGGUGCAGCAGUUGAAUAGAAUCAACUGGGCAACAACGUUUGUUCGGUCGAUGGCAUCGGAUAAGAGCUUCCGAAUUGAGUCGGAUACAUUUGGUGAAUUGAAAGUGCCUUCUGACAAGUACUAUGGCGCACAGACAAUGCGAUCGAUGAUCAAUUUUCCAAUCGGUGGCAGAACCGAGAGAAUGCCAAAACCCGUUAUCCAAGCAAUGGGAGUUCUAAAGAAGGCUGCUGCUGAGGUUAACAAGGAAUUCGGUUUAAAGCCAGAAAUCGCUGAUGCUAUAUCGAAAGCUGCUGAUGAUGUUAUUUCUGGGGAACUUUACGAAGAGCACUUCCCUUUGGUAAUUUGGCAAACUGGAUCUGGUACUCAGUCAAACAUGAAUGUCAACGAGGUCAUCAGCAAUCGUGCCAUUAAACUGCUGGGUGGUGAACUUGGAUCAAAGAAUCCCGUCCACCCCAACGAUCAUGUCAAUAAAUCGCAAAGUUCCAACGAUACCUUCCCUACUGCCAUACACAUUUCCAUUGCCUUGCAACUUUGUAAUAAUUUAAAACCAGCACUGCAGAUUCUUCAUGACGGUUUGCAAGCAAAGUCUAACGAAUUCAAAGAUAUUAUCAAAAUCGGUCGCACACACACCAUGGACGCUGUUCCACUGACUCUGGGUCAAGAAUUUAGCGGAUACGCCCAGCAAAUGAAAAAUGCCAUUGAAAGGAUUGAUUCUGUGAUGCCACACAUUUUGCAGUUGGCUUUGGGUGGUACUGCUGUCGGAACCGGUCUAAAUACUCGAAUUGGAUUUGCUGAAAAGUGCGCCGCAAAAAUCUCUCAACUUACUGGCCUUCCUUUUGUGACUGCACCCAAUAAAUUUGAAGCUCUAGCUGCCCGUGAUGCUACUGUUGAAGUGUCAGGAGCUUUGAAUACCAUUGCUGUGAGUCUGAUGAAAAUCGGAAAUGAUAUCCGCUUCCUUGGAUCAGGGCCACGUUGUGGACUUGGAGAACUUAUGUUGCCUGAAAAUGAGCCUGGAAGCUCAAUUAUGCCAGGAAAAGUCAAUCCCACCCAAUGUGAAGCUCUUACAAUGUUGGCUGCUCAGGUGAUGGGCAAUCAUGUUGCCGUGACCAUUGGAGGAGCCAAUGGCCACUUUGAACUGAACGUGUUUAAGCCUUUGAUUGUGUCUAAUACUCUUAGGUCCAUUAGGCUGUUAGCUGAUGGAGCUAGAACGUUUAACUCGAAUUGUGUAAGUGGUAUUGUGGCCAACCGUGACCGCAUUGGCAAGAUUAUGAAUGAGUCUCUUAUGCUUGUAACUGCCCUUAACCCACACAUUGGCUAUGACAAGGCUGCUAAAAUUGCCAAGACAGCGCAUAAGAACGGAACAACGUUGAAGGAGGAAGCCAUUAACCUAGGUUAUUUAACUGAAGAGCAAUUUGCUGAAUGGGUUAAACCAAGUGACAUGUUGGGACCUAAGUAAAUAAAUACAAAACUAUUUUAAGAUUUUCUAUUCGAUCGAGGCAACAUUCAGUUUAAAAAAGAAGAACACAGAAAUAAAUAUUUAAUAAUUCGAAAA